AUGGAUGAAUACAAGGAUGAUGAAGCACAGAAGCAAAGCAAGUUAACAAAUCCGAACGAAUGUGAUAUAGAGAAUUACAUUUCAAUGCUAUUUCAAGAAAAUAUUUAUCAACAGAUUACUGGUUUCCAUAUUCUAAAACAACUGGCCAAAAGAAAUCCACACAUCUUCACAGAUCAAGAUAUUCUUAGGAAAAUAAUGGAAAUUCUUAAGUAUCCACAAGAUGAUCUUGGUAUAAAUUCUGAAAUUCAAGAAUCUUCCUUAACAACAAGGCAUGAUUUGUAUUUUGAAUUCUUGGAAACGCUUGCAAGCACAUCGAAUGAAAUCAGAGAUAUUGUUUUUUAUGAAAAUGAUGAAGUUAUUAAUUCAAUUUUUGAUGAAAUUUCAUUAAACCCAAUGCCACAAGUACUGAAAGCUAUUUUAGGAGUUGUUUACGUGCUUUGCCAACACAAUUCUGACUUUUCACAGUAUUUUACUGAAAAUUUUUUAGAAAAUGCUGCAGAACUAUUUCAAUUAGCAAAAACUUUCAAGACUCCCUCAGAAAAGCACUACUGUAUUCAAUCACUUUUGAAAAUUCUUCCAUAUAUUUUUCAAAAAUUUACUUUAGAGAAUCAGCAAGUACCUCCUUUUGUAUUCGAGAUUAUCAUUUAUGCUUUUGAACUCAAAGAAUCAACAGAUGUUAUAAAACUAGCUCUUUCUUCGAUUUCAAACAUAAUUAUCGUAUUGGAUGGAAAUAAUUGUGAUUCUUUAGUAAAUCCCGACUUUAUUCAUAAAGCAUUAGAGCUAGUCACUUCAAAAAAUGUAGAUAUACAGCUAAAUGCUAUGAUUUGUCUCAGAAAUUAUUCAUCACUUGAUGAUUCUUUAGUUAUGCCUCUUGUUCAAUUUGGAGUUCUAGAAAUAGACUAUAGUCAACUUGAAAAUGAUAAAAUUCAAAAAGAAUAUUGGGAAAUGAUCAAAAAUAUUUCUGCUUGUUCAGAUCUUGAUAUUUUAGCUGCAUUUGAAGCAAGUACUUGCUUCCAACUGAUACUACAAGCUGAUUAUGAUACUGUGCCAUACUUUUUCUCUAAUUCUGCUGCAAUAAUUGUAUCAAGAAUUUUAUCUCGCGAUACAUCAUUCGCACAAAGGAUAAUUAACAAUUACCAUACAUUGCUUGAUGUUGUUUUAAGGUCAAUUGAGUCAAUUCGAAAAGAUGACGUCUUUCCUGUUUUGAAAAUGAUCUACAAUUUAAUCAAGAUAAUUAAUAUCGACCCCAAUGGCUUUAUUACACCAUUGAUUGUUGAGAAAUUGCAAAAUGAAGAUUUAAUUGAAUUUAUUGAAGAAUCUACUGAUUCUGAUAACAAAAGAGUCGAGACACUUGCAGAAAAGAUUUUAUCAGAGCUCCCUCAGGAUCAGGAAUAA